CCUAGAAGUGACUUCUCCAAAAAGUGUCUUAGUUCCCGGUCACCUGAGCUCCCCGCGACGCGGCUGCUGUAGCCUCGCGGAUACACGCCCUCCACGGGUCCUGCCUGGCGACCCGGCCCUCUUCCUCCUGCCCAGCCGCUUCGCCACCCCGAGCCCUCCGAAGGCCUGUCCCCUCCUCUUCUCCCUUUCCCUGUCUCGGGUCGGGCGGGACCGGGCCGAGCCGGGCCGCCCGGGAUCAGUCCCUGACCAUGGCGUCCCUCUUCAAGAAGAAAACCGUGGAUGAUGUAAUAAAGGAACAGAAUCGUGAGUUACGAGGUACACAGAGGGCUAUAAUCAGAGAUCGAGCAGCUUUAGAGAAGCAGGAAAAACAGCUGGAAUUAGAAAUUAAGAAAAUGGCAAAGAUUGGAAAUAAAGAAGCUUGCAGAGUUUUAGCCAAACAGCUUGUACAUCUGCGUAAACAGAAAACAAGAACUUUUGCUGUAAGUUCAAAGGUCACUUCUAUGUCCACACAAACAAAAGUAAUGAAUUCCCAGAUGAAGAUGGCUGGAGCAAUGUCUACCACAGCAAAGACAAUGCAGGCAGUUAACAAGAAAAUGGAUCCACAAAAGACAUUACAAACAAUGCAGAAUUUCCAGAAGGAAAACAUGAAAAUGGAAAUGACAGAAGAAAUGAUUAAUGACACCCUUGAUGACAUCUUUGACGGCUCUGAUGAUGAAGAAGAAAGCCAGGAUAUUGUGAAUCAAGUUCUUGAUGAAAUUGGAAUUGAAAUCUCUGGAAAGAUGGCCAAAGCUCCAUCAGCUGCCCGAAGUUUACCAUCUGCCUCUACUUCAAAGGCUACAAUCUCCGAUGAAGAGAUUGAACGGCAACUCAAAGCCUUAGGAGUAGAUUAAUCAAAAAGUCAUGAUAUUUUUGCGUACUUAUUUAGUAUAAAGCAAGCACAGUACAGAUUCCUUUUACAAAACACAUUUAUUUUGCAAAAAUGAAAACCAUGAGUGAACAGUUGUUUCCUAACCCAUGGCCAUUUUGAGUCUUUUGCCAAAGAAUAACAAUGAUGCAAAAAUGGGAACAGUUUGAAUUUUAAUUAGAACUACUUAGGAGUGAUGAUGUGUAAAACUUGAUUUCUUUUCUGCAUGGCAUAGAAAAAUUAUAACUAUUACUUAGUGUCUGUUUAUGUUUUAAUCUUUUUACACUAAAUACAAAAUUCUUGUUAAAUGCCACUAGGCAUCAACUUAAAAAGACUUGUAAAAAUAUUAAAAGUAUACCGUUAA